AUGCGACCAGAUGGAAUAUCGACUACGAAUAACUAUUCCCAGUUGGGCAAGGGAGGGGCGGCCUCGCCUGCUCAGAAGGCUGCCCUCACUCGCACUCUGAACGGGCAGUCGUCACAUUCUAGUUCGAAUGGAGACUCAAGGACGGACGAUUUCCAGAAAUCUUCAAAAACAUCGAAAUACUUCAAUCAUGACCGAGAAGAAGUGACGAGGAUUCUCAUUCAGAGUCUCUAUGAACUUGGUUAUAGUGGUUCGGCGGCUUUGCUGAGCUCGGAAAGCGGCUACCAACUAGAGAGCCCCGCGGUGGCUAUCUUCAGGAAUGCAAUACUCGGAGGACGGUGGGCUGAGGCGGAGCGCAUCUUGGUACAAUCGUUUCAAGCGUCCGAGCAGGGACAAACCGAGGAUGAAGCGACGAGCAAGGAAAAGUUGGCUCUGGUGGAGAAUGCUGAUAAGCGUGAAAUGCUUUUCUAUCUGCGGCAGCAAAAGUUCCUCGAACUGCUGGAAGAACGAGCUCUCGCAGGGGCGUUGAUUGUUCUUCGACAGGAACUGACUCCUUUGGACUACGACAUCGGACGCCUACACGCUCUGUCCAGUCUUCUCAUGUGCCCUCCAGAACACCUUCAUGAUCAAGCCGGCUGGGAUAGUUCCGUUGGCUUCUCCAGGGAGCGACUGCUGUCAGAACUGUCAAAAUUCAUAUCCCCGUCGGUCAUGAUCCCGGAUAAUCGACUGGCCACCUUGUUGGACCAUGUUAAACAGAAUCAGAUCAACCAUUGCCUAUAUCACAAUACCGCACAAUCGCCAUCUCUCUAUUCAGAUCAUAUGUGCGACCGUAACGAUUUCCCUCUUAGCGCGAAACGCGAGCUGAAUCAACAUUCUGAUGAGGUCUGGCACUGUCAAUUCUCUCAUGAUGGUACGAAAUUAGUCACGGCAGGCCGGGACAAGAGUGUGAUUAUUUACGACACGAGUACAUUCUCCGUUCUUUAUAAGCUUUUGGGACACGAAUCUGGGGUCGCUCAUGCCGUUUGGAGCCCGGAUGACAGCAAGUUAAUCACCUGCUCGCAGGACAAGACAGCUCGCGUAUGGAGCAUGGAGACUGGGAGAUGCCUCCUGACUAUCAACCACCACCGACAACCGGUAACCGCGGCCGUCUGGGCCCCUGAUGGGGAAUCAUUCGUAACUGCGUCUCUUGACAAGAGCUCCCAGUUGUGCCACUGGAGCAUCCGCGGCCAGCCCCAGUACAUGUGGCCCAACGGUUUUCGCGUUCAAGAUUGUGCGUUAACACCUGAUGGCCGACGCCUGAUUGCUGUGGAUGUGGAGAGUAAGAUCCGCGUCUUCAAUUUCCAUACCCACGAGCAGGAAUACAGCCUUCCACUUAAGAGCAAGGCGACGUCUGUUGCUGUCAGCAGCGAUUCGCGCUACAUGCUCGUAAACCUUACCAUAUGCGAGAUUCAACUGAUCGACAUUGAAACUUCAGAGGUCCUCCGCUGUUUCCAAGGCCAAAAACAGAGCACCUAUAUUAUUCGGAGUACAUUUGGAGGAGCUGCCGAGAAUUUCGUUGUCAGCGGCAGUGAAGAUUCUCGGAUUUAUGUAUGGCAUAAGGAGAAUGGGUCACUUGUUGAGACACUCGAAGGACAUAUUGAGGGGUGUGUAAAUGCGAUCUCAUGGAAUCCUGCUGAUCCCGGCAUGUUUGCUUCCGCAGGAGAUGACUGCUUGGUUAAAAUCUGGAGUCGAGAGCGCGAUGUACAUCCCAGCAGUACUCCGGGGAAACGCCGAGCGGUGACAGGGAACGGGUAUGCUCGAACAAGCGCAUUACGUUCAACAUCAAGCUUCUGA